AUGAGGCAGUGCCUACCCCCAUCCAGACUCCCAGGUGUCACACCCGUCACUGAGGAUCCUGCAGAGCUGUGUGUGCAUCCGGGACAUGAGCCCCAUGAGCAGCUGAGCGUCCAAGGUGUCAACAAGCUGCUUGGCAUCGGGGCCGGUCCUGCUAAGUGCCCAACCAGCUUUCGGGCGUCCUCCUCCUUGCAGAAGUGGGCCUGCCUGGGGCGCGGGCCGCACUCUUGGCUCGGGGCGGAGCUCGUUCACGUGCGCGGCUCCCUCCUCGCACCUGCCCGAGGGCCUGCGCGCCCUGCGCUCCGGUGUCCGGGGAAGGAGGCCGGGCGCGCCGCGACACCUGCGCCUCCCUGGCGGGAAGCAAGGCUGGGAGCCGGCGGCGCGGCAGGUGCGGGCCUCGGGCGGCGCCGGGAGGGCGGCGUGCAGGGCGUGCGGAGCGCGGGGCGGCGGGUGGGGCUCCAGGCAGGCGGGGCAGGAGCGUGGGCGGGGCAGGUGGAGCGCAGAGGGGCGUGCGGGCCCCGGGCAGGAGCUUGGGGCCCGCUGGCCGCUGGGUUCCGCAGCCGGCGGAGGAAGGCGGGUCGGUCCCGCGCCGGGGCCAUGCGGGCGGCGGCCAGGACGGUGGGGCUGCUUCUGCUGCUGGCCGCAGGCCUGCCCCGGAGCCGCGGACUGAAGUGUGGGAUCCGGGCAGUUGGUUUGAAAAGUACGGAAACUGUCUUGGAAUCUGGAUUCUUCUCUAGAAUUACUCGUUGGAGAAAUUCAGCAGUUGGCGGACAUCCGUGGCAGGUCUCCCUAAAAUUAGGUGAGCACCACUUCUGUGGAGGAAGCUUGAUUCAGGGUGAUCCGGUUGUUCGAGCGGCGCGCUGCCUGGGUGGCCUCUCUGAGAUGCAAAUGAAGAGUCUGAUGGUGACUGCUGUUGAGUACAACCUCUUUCAGAAGGAUGAGCAAGAACAGAAUAUUCGUGUCUCAAAAAUUGUUAGCCAUCCUGAAUACAGCAGACUUCAGUAUAUGAGUCAUAAUGUUGCACUGCUGUUUCUAAAAAGCAAAGUCAGGUUUGAUUCUGUGAGAGGAGAAAUUAAAGCUAAUGAUAAAGCUCAUUUAUGUGGCUCCAAGAAAGAAUUUGUCCCGAUGUCUAGUGGUGCUUACCUGACUGUCAAUUUUAAGACUGAUGAGUCUGUGGGAGAAAGAGGUUUUAAACUUCUUUCGGAAGACAUUGUCCAGAAACAAUCACAAAAAAGCAAUAUUGGGACCAAAUUGCCUAUCAAUGGGGUAGCAACAGAAAACAAGGCAGGAAGACCGCCAGCCCAAGACAAGUGCGGGAUUCCCGUCAUCGACCCAUUUCUAAUGGAAGGGUCGGAGAGAAAUACAAACGGGCUGCCAGCCGUGGUUGGAGAACCCAGGGUGGUUGGUGGCCGAACCGCCCCUGCGCUGUCGUGGCCCUGGCUGGUCAGUCUGCAGCGCCGAGGGCAGCAUUACUGUGGAGGCGCCCUGAUUGCCCCUCAGUGGGUGCUGACGGCAGCGCACUGUGAUUUCAGCACUGUGACGGAUAGCCUGGUGAUAGGAAGAAGUUACCUCUUGAAUGUAGGACGUAGUGACUGGAUACCAGUCAGAGCUGUACACACGCACCCUGGCUUCACACAAUUUCCUCCUAAUGAUGACCUAUCCUUGUUGCAUCUGGAAGAACCUGUCAAACUAGGAGAGUUUAUAUCUCCAAUCUGUUUGCCAGGGAACAAUGAGAAAAUAAAUUUACUUUCCAAAUGUAUGACUGCUGGAUGGGGAAUAACUGAACCAAAUCAAAGUGGAUUUUCUAAAACUGUGCAGCAGGCAAAGGUUCCACUGAUCAGUAGCACAUCUUGUCGAAGGUACUGGGGACUGGAUAUUAAAAACACCAAUAUAUGUGGAGGGGCUGCAGGAUCAUCCUCGUGCAUGGGAGAUUCCGGAGGACCGCUGCAGUGUGUCCGGGACGGGCAGUACAAGCUGAUAGGUGUCGUGAGCUGGGGCAGCGGUAACUGCCAUCCCACUGCGCCGACAGUCUUCACCAGAAUUUCCGCCUACAGGGACUGGAUCACAUCUGUCACCGGAGGAGAAGUGUGAUCCCUGAAAGAGCAGCAUGGUGGGAUUGUGUUUAUCAGUGGGAAAGAAAUACAUGACUUAUAACUGACAGACAAGUCUCUUGUCAGUGCUAAAAAACUCAGCGUCACUUCCCCCAACCUUUGACACUGAGAGGCUGGGACCUGGUGUGUACGUACAUUCAUUAUUGAACACCAGUCACAGGAAGUAAAUGUGGGUUCCUGCCUCCUGGGAAUUUCCAGUCUGAAAUGUCAUCAAAGUCAUAUCUAGUGCACCCAUAUAUGUCAUUAUUUGAAUACCGUCAUAUACGCUUUAUUUUUCUCUAGUUCAGUAAAUAUUAAAGAUAUAAAGGGAAAUGUUAUUCAGCCCCUAAAAUUCUUAAUUUUACUCACACAGAACAGUGCCCUGAGCACAGUUACAGAUAGGAAGGUUCCCUGUAAGUUUCCACAAUGUCAGUGAGCAAUGGGCAUUUAAGAAGCUAUUUAUUAGGCUCAUCACUGGACUUUAAAAUUUUUAGAUAGACUUGUAGGACAUUUCUAUGGUUUACAAAACAUUUAAUUUAUCUGCACCUUGAUAGACCAAUAUCCUCAUGGCUCUAAGCCGUGGCCAAGAAUUAAGGAAUAAGGAACUGAACCAGACCCCUGAGUCAGAAGACUGAAUGCUGACAUCUGUCACAGAAAUAUAUAGAAUGAGUGAGAGCCUGAGGCAACUUUUUUUUUCUUGUUUUAUACAAAAAGUUUAUCAUUUGGUUUCCAAGACUAUAGGUAGAGUAUAGUUCAACUUUAGGUAAGCACACAUAUAACCUAAUGAAACAGCAACUCAUGAGAUGAGAGGCAAAAAAUUACAUUUUUAUGAUCUCCCUUCCUGUCUUCCCUCAUUCCCACCCCAGUCUUUUUCUCUCAGUCUCUCAUCUCUUUUGCAAAUACUUAAAAUGGAAAGUGUUAUGAAUAUCCUAGUAUUUAGUAAGAACUCCUUGCAUGAAUAUUAGUCUGAACUGCUUUCAUUGAUUUAAAUUAUGGUUUUUGGUAGGAACUCUGAGUAAAAAUGAAAGGUGAUAUUUGCAGUAGAGAUUCUCUAAUUAUGUAUGUUUUGUACCAUUUUUACUUUUUCUCUCAUUGAUUUUUCUCAUCUUUUUUAUCAGAUGACAUUAAAGGGGAAAGAUGGGCUGUAUCAAAGUGCCAGGCCGGUCUAAAGCAUUUUUUCUGCACGGUAUGAUUUUGUGGUUAAUUUUGUUGCUGGCACAAUCUCUGGGGUGACCUCCUGGGGCAGUGAUCUGGUAGUGAUACUUUAGGGCUCCGUCAGCAGAGGAUGCAGGGCUGGGAUUCCAUGACUACCUAGAGAAGCUGCCUGAUUUCCCUACGAUAGUCAGAGACUAUUUGGUGCUCUGUUUUAGGCUUCAGUUGGCAAGAAUUUUUAAACUCUUGUAUGAUCAAUCUUUUUCUGUUCAAUAGGACUGUUUUUCCUUGCCCUCCCUCCAGUUGAAAGCCAAUUUAAUUGAGGAGGAAUACAAGUUUUAUUUCUUCCUUGAUCUUUUCUUCUUCCCAGGAGCUAGCCUCUCUGCGUUUCAAGGUACACUCUGUGUGUUAUCGAUCGCAGUCAAUUGUGUGAAUUGUAAGGGUCACAUAGUUAAAGAAGUUAGGGAUCUGACAACCUAAAUUUUCAUUCAUGUCAUUAAAAAAUUUCUUAAAAUAACACCUGUUGUGCGGCAAGUACAGGAAACUAGAGAGGGAGUUGCCCCUAUAUUUCGAACCUCAUUCUAGCAGAGCAGAUAAUCAGUCACUCUUCAGCACAAAGAUAAUCACUAUUCAGCAUGUGCUGGGAGCUGGCAUCCUAGCAGAGAACAACCAGCGCCUUCUGCAGGGACGGAUGAAGGUUUUGCAGAGGUAAUACUGAGCUGAGUUGUAAAACCCAAGUAUUAGUUGGCUUGAUUCUUGGUUUAUGUUUUAAUGUUUUAUACACUAAUCCCUCAUGUUAAAAAAAUCGGCAUCCAGCUGUUUCCCAUCAACAACACAUACUCUGAAUUUCUCCUGUCACUUGGAUUAUUGGGAAAGUUUUUAUUCAUUCUUAAGCCAUACAUUUCAUUACUUCAUUCCCUGUAGCCCUCCCUGCCUUGUCUUUUUCAUCCAAGUUUCAACAAUGUAGU